AUGGCAAUGGUGGACGUCGAUGCUCCCUUUCUUGAGGAUAAGGAAGAGCCGCUCGGCGGCGUCUGCGACUUCCGCGGCCGCGCCGUCUACCGCGCCACCUCCGGCGGGUGGCGAUCCGCCCUCUUCCUCGUCGCGGUGGAGGUCGCCGUCAUCAUCGCCUACUACGGCGUGUCGGCGAACCUGAUCACGUACCUGACGGGGCCGCUCGGCCACUCCAACGCGGCGGCGGCCACGGCAGUGAACGUCUGGACGGGGACGGCCAGGCUCAUGCCGCUGCUGAGUGCCUUCGUCGCCGACUCCUGGCUGGGCCGCUACCGCUCCAUCAUCCUCGCAUGCACCCUCUAUGUCCUGGUAAUUAAUGAAAUCACCCUGUUACCAAUUUGGGUUAGCUUUUCUUAA